GUGGAUUGCUGUAUUUACUUUUAACAAUUUGCUGUAUGUUACAGCUAUAUGAGUUGUUAAGAAUAAGAUAAUCAGCUAAGAAGUUCUUAAUAUGAGGACAGCAACAGCACAAGGUAUUGCAUGUGGUUCACCUGAACUAGAAGUUGGUGUCAGAUCUGCUGUAUGUAACCAAAGAGAGAUGGAUUUCCGUACUCUGAGGUUGCACUAUCUUGCUUUCAAGGAUUCAGUAAUAGGAAAAAAUCAAGCAGAAAGGGAUGAAUUUGAUGAUUUUUCAUCUAUUAUUAGCAAUGUAGAGAAAUUGCAUCAGCAAGUUCAGAAACCUCGAGAACAAGUUUCUGAUGCAGAAAUUCUUCUGGACCUUACAAGGACCUUAUUUUCAUCUCUCAAAUCCUCUCAGAACCCCAAUAGUAUCUCAAAGUUCAUUGGAGGUUUGAUGCAGCAAUAUGCACAGAAAAGUUUGCCAGAGAGAACUUGCAAUUCUAUUUCCUGGAGGAAAUUGGGCCUGGAUACAUCUCAUAUAUUUGGAAAGGCACCAGGAUUGGCAACUAUGCUUGGACCAAUGGACACUAAACCAACCAAGAGAAUGUCUAUGAUUCAAAGGAAACGUCAGAGAGCGGUGAAGGUUGUUUGUCCUGAUGAGGUUGAAGAGCCAGCUGUUGAUAGCAAUACUGACACUGAGAAGAAUGUUAUCACAAUGUUUGAAACUUUGAAAAAGCGGAAGUGCAUCCCAUUGGAGAAGUUGGUGCUAAACAGAUCAUCAUUCUCUCAGACUGUGGAAAACAUCUUUGCUCUUUCAUUUCUUGUCAAAGAUGGAAGAUCUGAAAUUACAGUAGACGAUGAAGGGAACCAUCUCAUUGCCCCAAGGAAUGGUCCUAAAGCUUUGGCCAUAGAAAACGGGAAGGUCUCUUAUCAUCACUUUGUUCUCAGGUUCGACUUUAAGGACUGGCAGUUGAUGAUUGACAGUGUUCAGGAAGGUGAUGAAGUGAUGCCUCAAAGGAGAAGUGUAUGUACUGCAUGAUCCAAAAGUGAACAUUGGUGAAUCACCAAUGGUGAUCCUCCGAGGAAAUUGUGAUAAAUACUGGUGAAUACUAGAUUGUCUCAAAUAACUGACCAACAUUUUGUUUUACCGUUGAGCAUAA